AUGGGCGAUAAGGGCAUGAAGUUUGCUGGUAAAAAGAAGACAUAUACAUUCCACCACAAGACUGGCCCGAAAGAGGUGAAGACGGAGUGGAAGAUGGAAGCAUACACCUUAUCGAAGUUCGAAACCAAAAGAAAAUUGCAGGUGAAGUUGGAUAUCUUUGUGAAGAAAGAUAUCAAGAAUUCUGCUCAGGUCACGAUUGUUAAUAGCAUGGAUCAAGGUAAGACAAAAUAUGCUUUUCUUGUAGACCGCAAUAUGGGAGGCUUUGAGGAUUUCUCGGAGAGACGUAAAGUCAUUAAAAUAUACGAUGAUGAUGAUAAAGGCUCUCUCCCCAAGUCUCAGACUUAUAAUUUUCUACAACUGCAGUUUCGAAAGUAUGAGAAUUUUAAAGUAAUGAAAAGACAUUUUGGUACGUCAUAG